GGAAUGUAAAAAUUAUUUGGUUCGACAUAUGAUUACUUAACAAUUAGUGCAAAUUAAGCAAGAGGAAUAACUCAUUCUGGUAUUAGUGAAUUUUAAUAAUUAGCUACUUAUGUAAAAGAAGGAACAGGAAAAUAAGCUAUUAGAAAAAUAUAUGGAAAUGGAGGUGGAGGAGUACCAUAUGAUUAAUAUGAAUAAUAGAUGUUAACUUAGUUAAAGACAAAAUUAAAUGGUUUGGCUAGGUAUUUCUUAAUAUGAAAAAAUAAUAGUCAUUAUCCUGAUAUAUUAUUAUAUCGUUUCUUAUAUUCAUUUCGAUUUAUUUUGGAUGAUACUUAUAAUGGAAUAAAGAAUCAUGAAGAGUGGUUGAACAAUCCUUAAACAUUUUAAUUGAAUAGUGGAUCUUAGGCCAUAUUGGUAUAUGUAUAAGAUUGAAUUCUAGGAUAAAGGAAUUAUAUAUUUGGGAGGUCGAGAUAAGAAAUUUAGACCUUCAGUUAUUUUCUAAGUGAGUUUAAUUGAUUAAAAGAAUAUUAAAGGUGAGGAAUUUUUAGCAGCAUUAAACACCGUUUUUAUGAUUACAUAGCAAUAUUGUUUUUAUGAAGGAUAUGUUGAGAAUUGGAUAAUCUUGAUUGAUACGGCUGAAUUAGGUUUAUUAAGCUUGCCUAUAGAAAUUCUAAAGAAGAUUAUAUCAACUGCUGCAUCUCAUUAUGUAGGAAAUUUAGAGAAACUAUAUCUCUUGAAUCCAUCAAUGGGUCUUAAUAUGUCAUGGAGUUUAGUAUCUAGUAAUUUAAUCAUUAAUAAUUUUUAGAAUUUAUUGAUGAAAGAUCUAAUAAGAAGAUACAAUUCCUUUAAAAAAAAGAUUUCUCUAAAUUAUAAGAAUAUUUUGAUCCAAGUUAAUUAGAAGUUUAAUUUGGAGGAACAAUGCCUAAAAUUAAAUAAUAUUGGCCUCCAUUACCAACUAUUUAAAUUGAGAAACCAUAAUUAUAAUAAUUAUCACAUUAAAUUGAACAUUAUGAACCUAGUGUUAGAUCAUAAAGAUCAAAACCAUCAGAACCAUAUAAUUAAUAAUAAUAUCAAGCAUAUUAAGCUCCUUUUAAAAAACCAUAACAAGAAUAAUAAACUCUUAAUCUAUAAGAAUCUUUAAAAGAAGAAUACUUUGAAUCUAAAUUGAAUCUACCUAUUGUAGUCUAACCAACUUAAUAAACAUCAAAUAAAUUAAUAUAAUCAAGAUAAACGGAAGAAAGACCAUCUUAAUUAACAUAAAAUUUUGGUUAUGAAAGCAGUAUAUAAAAACCAUAAAGAUUAGAAUUUUAAAAUGUUAAUUCAGAAUCAUCAAGAGAAAUUUAACAUAUUUCUUUCUAAGAUUUCCAUUUUGCUUCAUAACCAUAAUCAAAUUAAUAAUCAAAUCAAGGAAAAUAAAGCUAUAGAUAAUAAAAUAUAGAAGAAAGAUAAUUACCUAAAUUUCCAGUCAUCGAAGAAGAACCUUAUGAAAGGAAAAGUUAAUUUUUAUAGUAAUCUAAUGUAUAUCCUAAUGAAACUAAAAAUUUUGUUGAAGAACCCGUAGAUUCAAGUCGAUUUAGGUAAUCAUAAUCUUUAAGAAAAUCAUAUAAAUAAUAUCAUUUUACUAAAUAAGAAUUCCAUCCCCCUUAUCCAAAUGCUUUGCCUUCAGGACCUGUGUUUUUAGGAUAAUCAGAAAACUAAGAAGAUUAAUUUUAAAAGAAGGAAAAUAAACAAAUACCUUAAACUAAUUAUUAAUAACCAAAACCAUAAGAAAUCAAACAAUAUACAAUAACAUCUUAAUAACAAGAAUUGUAACCUCCACCAUAAACUAACUUUUUAAAGAGAACUGCUUGUUUCUAAGCAAGAGAUGGUAAAUACACAGCUUGUGAUAUAUUUUGA